AUGAUGAUAACUAUGCCAAAAUAUAUUGAAUCCAAAAUUUUAUUAGUAAUUGAGUUCGUUGUGGUCAAUUCACUUUAUUUAUUGAGUAUUAUAACAUAUUAUAGAAUUAUAUACAACGGUCCUGGAUCUCCUUUAGACUAUCCACAAUUAAGAUUAAAUAAUUCAGAAAAUCCAUUUGAUUCAAAUCAUCAACCAGCACAAAAACCACCAGAAUUUAUGACAAUACACACAUUAAAAUUAAAUCAAGGUUUUAGAUAUUGUAAUAAAUGUAAAUGUUGGAAACCAGAUAGAACUCAUCAUUGUUCAAGUUCGGGGAAAUGUAUACUUAAAAUGGAUCAUUAUUGUCCAUGGUUUUCUACAUGUAUUGGGUUUUUCAAUUAUAAAUUUUUCAUACAAUUCUUAUCAUAUGUUGCUAUAUAUUCAUGGAUUAUAUUGGGCAUUACGAUAUAUAUAAUUUAUAAUUUGUUGGUUACUGAAAAAUACAAAGACGAAUACUUAACUAUUAAUUUAAUAUUAUUAUGUGUUAUAUCGUUUACAUUUGCAUUAGCAGUGGUUUUUUUUGUAUGUUUUUCAUUAUAUCUAGUCUCAAAAAACUUAUCAACUAUAGAAUUCCAAGAACAAAGAUGGAAUUAUAGAGGUGGAAACGUUUAUGAAUUUGAUAGAAACGGUAAACAAAAAAGAUUGGCCAACAUUUUUGAUUUAGGUGUUAGAGAAAAUUUCAAACAAGUAUUUGGUGAUUCUAUUUUGGAGUGGAUUUUACCAAUUGAUAUAAAUUAUAAAAUUGCUAAUGCAGGUUUUAAAAAUGGGAUUAACUUUAAAGUUAAUGAAGAUGUUUAUAAAAGAUGGUGUGAGAAUGCUGAAUUACAAAAUCAAUUAAAUGAUCAAUUGGCUGAAUAUAAAAAUAGAGUCAGAAGAGAAAGGGAAGAAUAUGUAGUAUAA